AUAGGAAAAAUAUAAAUGUUUUUCCUUCCUUUUUGUUUAUCGGCUAGACGACAUCAGCCAUGUACCCAAUUCACAUCUGUUUCUAGAGUGCAAACUACUAUGCGACGUGUAACAUCAGCGCCAUCUCCCUUCGAAUAACGAAACUCUCACAGCGAAAUACCGACGGGCCGACGGACUGAACGCGGACCGCACUACAUAUGCAUAUGUUUACAUCUUGGAUAUAACUAAAUACAAAACCCGUUGACAAAUGUCAUACGUCAUACUUAAUCAUUGUAGACUCACUACAAAAAAAAGUUAAUAAUACGUUAAUCCCAUUAGUGUGCAAGUUAACCUCAAAAGUAACAAGUAAAAUUGCAUAUUAAAGUAUGUCUGGUGAAAAUGAAGCAGAGCCGCACGCUUACAUUCACAUACCACCAGAGAAGGUUGGAGAAAAGUUUCAGCGAUAUGUAGUGCCUGUUAGCGCACUAAGAAAAUUUGAUUAUGCAAAAUAUGCAGAGGAUUCUACCAUGUAUAAUAAGAAGCUAGUAAAGUACAAGGAUGACACAGGAAAGAAAAUAAAAUGUUAUGUUUUGUAUGCAGCAGAAAGCUUUGAUUCGGUACAAUCAAUAAUCGACUCAGGAAAGAGAUUUGGUAUACCUGCAGUUAUCCAUGACCAAUCUGCUGACGGUGUUGACGACUCUAGCUUAAUGAAUAAUGAGAAUGUUGAUAACAAUAAUAUACAGAAGGACAAAGUGUUGACAGAAAAGUAUAAAAUAGAUGCUAAACGAGCCAAGUCAACAAGAAAGAAUUUGAAAAAAACAAAAGUGCAAACAUCUGAUGAGUCCGAUCAACGGAUUUUAAAUAAAUAUCUGAGCACUGUUACAAAUCUUAAUAAUAAUGAAAACUUACAUGACGUUGCAGUGGAUGACAGUCUAUCAGAAAUUUUCUCGUCAACUGUAAAGUCAAAGGAAGGAGAUGAUUCUAAUAAUCCAAAAAAGACAGUUUCCAUGAUGGAUGAUGAAGAACUCGAUCAUUUAGAAUGUAAAUCUAUAAUAAAGGCGUAUAAAAAUCAAUUAUAUUUUUUUAAAAAGAAAUAUGAAGAAUCACAAAAACAGUCAGAUGAAUGGAAGUUAAAGUAUGAGAAUGCGAUAUCAAGUGGUAACUGCAAACAUUCUAGUAUGACAGAUGGAGCAUUGUUAGAAUAUUAUGAUAAACUCUAUAACUAUUCUGGACCUUUACAAAUGGAUGAUGAUUCUGACUGCGUAAAACUUCUUCAUAAUGUAGAGUGCAACACUAUAGCAUAUAAAGAUGCAUUCAAAUCAUCAAAACCAAUUCAGCUUGUUCGACUAUUAAUGUAUGGCAUUUAUGGAUACGAAGAUCUAGUAACGCGUUGCCAAAAAAAUGAAAAAGAAACAGCUGGUUUACAGCCAUUGUGUAAAGUAAGAAGUGAAUCAAUUGAAAGAGAGCUUUAUCGAUUUUUAAGAUUAAACAAUUACAAUGUGCAACUAAUAAAGCAGGAACUUCAAGAAAUUGAUAAAUAUUAUCAUAAUGCACUGUCAUGUGCCAAACUGAAAAAAAACGCUAUGAUAAUGCACAAAAAGCUCUAGAAGAACUGGAACGACAAGGAAAUGGUUUUCAGGCGUAAAUGGCGAUAAAAGAGCCUGUGUGAUGGAAGUAUUUUUUAAAAAUUAAAUACGAGAUGAAUAUUAUUAUUAUUUAUAUUACAAUUUAAGUAUUUAUGUUUCUUGAUUUCAUACAUUAAUGAUGCAAUAAAUGUAGCUAAUAAAAAUAAAAAUAUUACCAAAUGUACCUUGCAUUGUUUAAUAAAAAACUUUGAAUUACGUUUGUAAUUUUAAA